UCUGAGGGCUAAACGACCCUUGCAAACGACCUCCCAAUGACUUCAAUUAAAGCUGUUAAUAUUUAAUGUUAAUAUUUACCCUCAGAGACAGAAAGUAAACCUCGACUUGUUUAUCAUUAAUCGGGCCAUCCAUUUGGAUGCUCAGCUUCAAGGUUUAAUAUACAUCCUCGGCCAUUGUGCAAUCAUCGCGUACGUAGAAGUGGCCUUGUUCAUGAACAGGUACAUUCAAGAUUUGCCAGGCUUCUGAUGGGAUCAUGUCUUGCACAUAAAUCUGAAAAUAAAAAAAGAUGAUAAACGAAUCACAAAUCAAAAAUCAUCAGAGGGGUGAUAGGAUCAUUCAGCUUUUCAUUCAAUUGGUUCAAUCAACUGUGAAUUGUAUGGCAGUUUCGCUUUAACAAUAACAAAUUUAAUUUUCUACUUACGGACUUCGUAUCUCACGACGACGCCUCUGGAACCGUGUGACCAUUCCCAAAAUUUCUGAUGCAAUUGGGCUAACGCCAUUCACAAGGUGGCUAAUGUGACUCGAUGAUGAAAUUUUUUUCAUAAUUUUGUGUCCAUCAGAAGAUAGGGAAAAUACGUCAUAGGCUUAAUCACCAAAAAUCCGAACAGAAGGAGUUUAAGACUGCGGGCUAUAGCUUUGGCUGGGUGUACGUGAUCAUGAAAGCGUUUACCUUUUCCUUCGAUUAACGUAAUUAACUGUGAAUUUCGGAACUGAUUUACCAGUGACGCUGUUAGGACACAUUUACGCAUUUACGAUUCACUCAAUUGAAGCUCAUUUAGAUAAUAACCCCCCGAUAUUGUAUAUAAACGAAAAAAAUGAUGCGAUGUAUCACAGUUCUUCUUCUUCCAUUACGAAUUCAACGUUCGAGAUGGCGAAUUUCAUUCUUAAGUUGGGUGCAGUCGUGGCGGUGCUCUUGGUUGCUGUGUACGUUGAUGGAGGCAUAGCUCCUGAUAAAUCCUUCUCAGAUUCUCUGGGUCUCGACCCAAUGGCCUGUCCACGAAAAGCGAAAAUUUUGUGUUCUGCACAUAAUUAUCCCCCUUUCAAUGGAGAUCCCAUAGAGUGCGAUAAACCAAUCUUAUGUGGCGACCAACACUUAUUCGGAAGGGAAGUUGCCCCGAUCGGGGUCGAAUGCGAAUGGGAUCCAGAGAAUCCAAAAAUGCCGACGAAGGUAUGCAACGGUGAGGGCAAUUGUACAUCAUUUUAUUGGGAUCAGGGUGAUUGCUAAAGGACCUCUGAAAAAUACCUAUAAUAUUCGCUAAAUAAUAUUUGGAAUAUUUGCCAAAUUGUACCUGAGUAAUAUAAGUUACAUCUUGUAUUAAAAAAUCUACAAUUUUUUUUUCGCACGAAGAGAAAUAAAAUAUGAAUGAACGGCAGGACAUUUUACGAAACUGUCGCGGAAUUUUUAUUUAUUAUUACAAUUAAACAUAAUUUCUACUGAGCUGCUCACUAUUGUAAUGAAUAUUAUAUUAUUACAUGCAUCAAUCUUCAAAUAAAAAAUCCAAGGCG